AGGAAGAUGGCGGACGAGGGGCCGCGGGAGGCGGUGGGCGGCGGCGGCGGCGGCCCCGACCCCCAACAGGUCGUCAGGAGCUGGCAGGAAGCUGUUGACUUGCGCUCGGUUGUGUAUCGGCACCUAUCGGAAUAUGUCCCUUCAAUUCGUUGCGUAGUGUCAGUCGCCAAGUGUCCUGAGGAGGAGCAGGGACAUCAAAUGCUGCUUAGAACCAUGGAGUGGUUCUUGUUUGGAGAAGCUCCGGAGGAUGGUUUUGCGAAGCUGCAAGAAAACAAAAGUUCUUCGCAACUUUGCGGUCGUGUUUUCAAAGGCGGAGAGACUACAUAUUCCUGCCGAGACUGUGCAAUAGAUCCCACAUGUGUGUUGUGCAUGGACUGUUUCCAAAGCAGUGUUCACAGAAAUCAUCGAUACAAGAUGAACUGUUCAUACGGAGGAGGGCUUUGUGACUGUGGAGAUGUGGAAGCCUGGAAAACUGGCCCAUUUUGUACAAAACAUGAGCCUGGCUUAUCAGAGGACAUUGUGAAUCAUGCAAGCCAAAUACCUGCGGGCGUAGCAGAACGAGCCCAACAUCUAUUUGAUAUCAUCUUCAGAUACCUGGUGGAUAUGUUGAUCUGGACCGAGAACAAAGGACUACCUCUGGAACUGCAGCCAAGGGAGAAGACGGACUCUUAUUUCUGUAUGCUGUUUAACGAUGAGGAUCAUUCCGUUGACCAUGUCAUUCAUUCACUGCAGAAGUCGCUAGGUUGUUCCACUAAAGAAGCUGAGAAUUACACCUGGAUGGUAGAUAAAGAGGGCCGCCGUGUUAUAAAGCAUGGAACAUUGCAGUCAUGUCAAGAAACAAAGCAAGAGGUCUUUAACAACACUAAUAGUGUGUUCCAGUCUCCUCUUCGUGUUGAGAUCCUUCACUCCACUAUUGUUUCUCAUCAGACCUUUGCAUGUCGUCUUCUGUCUUGGCUUAACCACAUGAUUGGUUACUCAGCUGGUUUACGGCAGAUUUUCUGUGACCUGGCCCUUCAACAGGUGCCUGCGUCGGAUCAGCCUUGCUUCAUCAGCAGACUAAUGUUGUCAGAUGUCAAACUGUGGAAAGGAGCACGAAAAGCCUUCCAUGAACUUAUAGUGUGCAGUUUGCUGAUGGAAGCGGAAUACAAGCGGCUUUUUGCUAUAGAGUUUAUUAAGCACUACAAACAGCUGCAGCUUGAGUCUGUAGAGGAUGACCAAGAUCGAAAUAUAUCUGUGACCGCACUCUCUGUUCAAAUAUUCACUGUUCCAACACUGGCUCGACAUCUGAUUGAAGAGCACGAUGCGCUGAAAAUCAUUACUGAGACCAUCAUCGAGCUGUGGUCUGAGCACAUGGAAAAUGGCAAGCUUAAUUUCCAGACUCAAUCCCAGCAUAAAUACUUCCGAAAUGAAGUCGUCUUGAAUGACCUGAAGUAUGUGUUGAUCAGCAAGCCACCGUUGUGGACAGACAGAAGGAGAGACCGUUUCCUCGAAGGGUUUAAUAUUUUUUUGAGACUCUUAAAGUCCAUUCAGGGCAUGGAACCAGUAUGCAGACAGUUUGGACAACACGUUGAAAUCGAGCCAGAUUGGGAGCCAGCUUUCACUGUUCAGAUGUUCCUCAAAUUUAUUCUGUUGAUGAUGCAGGAAUGGUGUGCGUCUGAUGAGCAAGUUCUUCUUCGUGCCUACAAGGAAUGCCAUAGUGUUUUAUCUCAGUGUUCUAAUGAGCUUAUUCAUUGCAACACAAAGAAGCAGUCAGCCACGCUUAACUUGUGUGGCCACUCAGUCAGCUGCGUGGUGUCUCGAGAGCCCAUCAGCAUCCACCUUCCAUUGUCGCGGCUUCUUGCAGGUUUACAUGCACAUCUAAGCAGAAGCGGAGCAAUUGACAAGUUAGAACAGUAUGUGCCUUCAUUGAAGUUCGAAGUAGAGAAAUUGAUGGAAUAUCCAUUGCGUUGCUUAGUGCUGGUAUCUCAGGUCUCGGCUGAUAUGUGGAGAAGAAAUGGCUUUUCUUUAGUCAAUCAGGUGUUUUGCUACCGAAGUGCCAAAUGGAGGGAAGAAAUGUUUGAUAAAGACAUUGUCAUGCUACAGAUUGGUGCCUCUUUGAUGGAUCCAAACCAUUUCCUAAUGUUGGUACUGAAUAAGUUUGAACUGUUUGAAGACUUUACUAAGCACUCGAUUCCCAAAAGCAAGGAUGAGAUUAAACAGAACGUAAGCCUAUUGGAAGAAUUUUUGCACCUUAUUAUUAUGGUGGUUGGGGAGAGGCAUGUUCCCGGAAUAGGCCGUGUGACAAAAGAAGAGGUCACAAUGAGGGAAGUGAUCCAUCUGCUCAGUAUUGAAUCAAUGGCUCACAGUAGCCUGGUCAAAGCUUUGCCUGAGAACGAGAGUAAUGAAACCGGUCUGGAAAAGGUUAUCCACGAAGUGGCCACGUUCAAAAAGCCAGGGUUGUCUGGCCACGGUGUGUAUGAGUUGAAGCCAGAAUGUCUGAAGGAGUUUAACCUGUACUUCUAUCAUUAUGACAAAUCACAGCAGACCAAGGCUGAAGAUGAACAGAAGAAAAGGAAAAAACAAGCCAACAGCAAUGAAGCUCUUCCACCUCCUGUCCCUCCUCAGUUCGUACCGGCGUUUGCAAAGAUUACGAGCAUUCUGAACUGUGACGUCUUUAUGCUAAUCCUCAGAACAGUUUGCCAGCAGGCUGUGAGUUCCAAAGGACAGUUGUGGAGCGAAGCAAUGAUACAGAAGCCAUGUGUCUUAUUACAGGCCCUCCAUCUUAUCUGCAUGGCUUUACAAGAGGAACACAGACAGCUCAAGGAGGCAGCUGCAGAAGAAGAAGUAUCUUUUGAUGCUUAUCUCAAAGCAACAAGAAUAGGAAGUUCUGCAGUGAAUGCUCAGAGUGUCCUGUCACUUGUAGAGCACCUGAAACGCGUACCUCAGUUAAAUGCCCAUAAGGACAUGAUUCUCUGGACUUUACAGAUGUUUGAUGCUGUAAAAAAAUUGAGGGAAAAAUCGAGUCCAUUUUCAGCAGCAAGAGCAGAGAUUCAAAGGACGGAUGAGGCUGUACAAGACAAGGAUAAAGCUGAGCGCAAACGGAAAGCAGAAGCAGCCAAACUACAUCGACAGAAGAUUAUGGCGCAGAUGUCUGCAAUGCAGAAGAAUUUCAUCGAAUCAAAUAAGCACCUCUAUGAGAAGGCAACAGAAGUGCUUGGACAUGGCGCAGGUGCAACUGAGGAGGACAGUUCAACAACCGCUGUAGAAGAUUCUGGUGUAGCUCUGGGGCCAAAACAGGGUGCAGUUGCUGCCGAGAAAAUCAUAUUGACCUGCAUCCUGUGCCAGGAAGAACAAGAGGUGCGAGUGGAUGGAAUGGCCAUGGUGCUCACGGCUUGUGUUCAGAGGUCCACAGCCCUGACACAGAAUACAUGUCAAGUUGUGAGGAAUACAGGAGAGAACUGUGACCCUUUAUUUAUGCACCCUGACCUGGGUUGUGGCACUCACGCAGGAAGCUGUGGUCAUGUGAUGCAUGCCUCCUGCUGGCAGAAGUAUUUUGAAGCGGUGCAGAAUUCAACACGCCACAGGCUUCAUGCUGACCUGUCAUUUCAUUUGGACAACGUAGAGUAUUUAUGUCCACUAUGCAAGUCACUGUGCAACGCUGUGAUCCCUGUGCUUCCACUUCAAGCGCACAGUCUAAACAGCAAAGAUGUAGAAACUGUUGAGCAGCUGCUCACCUUACCAAAAUGGCUAGAAAAUGUAUUAGCAAGAAUAACGGGAUUAAAUAUUUCACACACACAAGAUGAAAGCAACCAAAUGCAAGAGAAUCCAGCCUCGUGGAAGAACCCUGUAGAAUUCCGAUCUAUCCUCAGCUUUGGAGUGCAGCCACCGUUAAAAUUUUCAGACAGCAUUGUGAAAAUGCUGAUGCUGUUUGCCAUGGCUGUGCACCGUGAGGGAUUGAAGGUUUCCACGAACGAAGCUGAUGUCCGAGUGCCGGUGAUGGUGUGGGGGGCUUGUGCUUUCACCAUUCAGUCCAUAGAAAAUAACCUUAGUGAAGAAAGCAAGCCUUUGUUCGGAUCACUGCCAGAUAGACAGGGUUUUAGCCUUAAAGCACUUUUGCAGUUUGCUGCUUCUCAGAGAGUGGUGACAUCACCAAGAGUUAUUCAGAAGCACUUGAGAAGAUUAUUGUCGGUUUUUAUGCUUGACACGAAGGUUGAAGACACCCAGUCAAUUCUGACUAUUGACUUUUUCCACCAUUUGGUGAGUUCGGUGCUGGCAUUUCCUUCGUUAUACUGGGAGGAGACUGUGGAGCUGCAGCCCUCAGACAUCAGCAGUACUUUCAAUAACCUCUACCUCUUCCACCUGAUAACCAUGGCGCAUAUUGUCCAGAUACUUUUUACCUCAACCUCGGACUUCCCUAUGGAGCAAGAUGGAGAGGAAAGUGAGGAGGCCCAGUCAGCAGUAAAAUUGUAUGAAAAGCUUCGAAAGUACACAAGUGGGGCUUUAGAAAGCAAACCCCAUGGCUGGUACCUUUGGAAUUGUGUGAAGUGUGGGAUAACUCCAUUCCUUCGAUCUUCUGCUUUGUUCUUCAACUACUUGCUGGGAGUGCCACCUUCUAAGGAUCUCUGGAAAGAUGCUUUGGAAGGGCAGUUUGAAGCUCUGUGUUACUAUUUUGCUCUUCCUUCAAACCUCUUCAAGCUUUUCGAGGAAUACGAGGAUACGAUGUCUCCUUUACUGCAGAGGUGGUGCUCCGAUUCUUCAGUGCAAAGCUUUCUCCGGGGAGAAAGAACAGCCAUCAGGUUUCCAAGGGAAAGAAAACAGUUGAUGGAGCUUCCAGAAGACUACAGUUGUCUUCUAAAUCAGGAUUCCCGAUAUAGGUGCCCCCAUUCCACCGAUGAUGAGACAAGAAAUGCAGUCCUGUGCAUGUUUUGUGGAACAAUGAUCUGUUCGCAGAGUCAGUGCUGUCAGCAGCAAGUAGAUGGAAAAAAGCUUGGAGGAUGUUCAGCUCAUGCUGUGAAAUGUGGAUCUGGACUAGGAAUCUUCCUCAGGAUAAAGGAAUGCCAGGUGCUUCUACUGGCAGGAAAAAACAGAGGCUGUUUUGUACCUGCUCCAUACUUGGAUGACUAUGGAGAGACUGACCAAUUGCUCAAGCGAGGUAACCCAUUGCACCUGUGUCCAGACCGUUACAGGAAGCUCCAGCAAAUGUGGAGGCAGCACCGAAUCCUGGAAGAGAUCGCGCGUAACCAGGAUGCCAAUCACAUGGCCUUCGCCGUCGAUUGGCAUGAGUUCUGAAUGACUGAAGAAUACCACUCUUGUGGGCAGCCAUAUCCCAAGGCACUUUCGUUGGCUGUAGAUUCACGUCGAGCGCUAGUUUUCCCAGACCUGAUUAGCCGUGAUGUGAAUUCAUUCUUUUUUUGCUGUGACUAUAAUCUAGUUUCAGUGCGCCCUGUCUAUAUCUACAGUUAAUCUAACAUCUGUUUCGUCUCAGCCUGCCUUUGCUGCCCCAAUCAAUAAUGAAAACUGGUGCCCAACAAAACAGACUGUGAUGUUGUGCAGGGACCUGAGGUAGAGGGAUGGAUAGAAAAUAAUUUUAACAAAGGGACAAAAAUAUACAUUUUAAGAGUUUUUCAACUUUUUCCUACUUUUUUUCUGCUACAGUCUCUGCCGCUACAGAGGGUCGGACACUCCAAGCCAUAGACACUUAUUUAUACAUUGCUCACAAAAAAACAUCAUUUGGGGUGCUAUUAGCUUGUGCUCAUUUUGAAGUACAAAGUGCAGUUGAAGUUGUCUCAGGCACAUGUCUGCUUCUAUCAUCUCUGUGGGAGUAUCUUUAGUCCACAAGCACUCCACCCCCAAUGGUUUAUAGAUUGUAUGAUACAUUGAACAGCAACAAAAUAAUUGAUGUAGUUUUAACUCAAGACUAAUUCAAAGGGAAGCCACCAACAAUUCAGGAUCUGGAUACAUUCACUUUUAGUGUAAUUUAGUAUCACAUCACAAUAUCAGUUCACAUAUGAGGAUUCAAUUAUGUUUCUGUUUUUUUGUUAUUGAGUUUUGUGUGAAAUUCUUAAAUUCUGUCUGGAAGUGUGGUGUCUAAUUUACUCCCCCAAGCAUCGUCUUGUAGAGCAUGUAGUUAAUGUGGAAAUAUUAUUAAAGCAACCUUAUUUAGUUAUUUGUCUUAAGUUCCUAAGUAACAAUGAUUGUAAGGGGGGAGGAUAUCAAACACAUGUCUCUUUACAGUGCUAAAAACAGCAAGUCUGAGGCUAAUACAAUACUUAUGAUAGAGGACUCCAGUUAAUUAAUCAGUACUUCAGUGAUGAUGUCUAGUGGAAGACCGGUUGCAACAGGAAUCGGUCUAUGCUAUAUAUUGCAUUGGCUCCAGAGUUCCUGUGCUGUGAACUGCUUUGAAUUGGUCUAUAUAAUAGUGCCUCCAACAGCACCAUGUUGUGAUAAAUGUUGCUGGGAUUUUAUCCGCAGCAUUAUUGAAUACCAAUUGCUUUAAGCCACUAUAUUAUACAAUUAUUAUAAUAAUAUAAUUAUGCUGCAUUGCUAUCUUUAGAUAGGAAGAGUAAACAUUAUUACUCCUCUGGUGAGUACAUCACACUUCUGGUGGGUUCAACCAUCAGCAGUUUCAACAGGUAUUACUUUGUCAAUUUUGCAAGAUAUAAGAAAAACCACAGAAUGAAGAAUUUUCCCAAGUGCUGCAAGCAUGUUGAUUUUAUUUUCUGGGGUGGGAGGCGGGGGACAUCAAGUGUUCACUUGCUUUUUCCUCUCGAAUGUGUUUAUUUGCAUAUGCAAAGUGGUGAAAAAUUCAUCAUUGAUCUUCACAAAUGUGUGCUGUUUGGUUUUCAGCAAUUCCAGUACAGGACUGAUUGUGAAGAGCUCUGCAGCCUGAGUUGCAGUAAAUCAGUUGGUAAACACUUGGUAGGACUGGUUGGCUGAUUGUAUGUUGUAAUAGGUUUAUCCUCCAACCACAAUUUUCACCUUUUUAUUUUGUUUGAUGACAAUAUUUUUUGUUAGUGGCACUGUAUCUUUUAGUUCCUCUUUGCACUAUUCCACAAUCUUAAGGGUAGCCAAGAGACCUACUCCCAAGCUUCUGUUACUCGUGCAAUGGCAUGCAACUGAUCUGGGUUCAUUUAUUAAAUACAUUUGGUGACUCAA